AUGGAGAGACUCAUCCGCCCGGUUUCACGCACACUUCUCAGACCGAGACCUCGAUACCCUUUUGCUGUUCCUUCAACGGUUUACGCUCAGAGACUCUACACCAUGGGGCACAGUGCACCGGAGUUGAAAGACAAGUCGCUCUUCAUUGAGAAGUCGUACAUCAACGGCGAGUGGGUUGGUGCUCAGUCCGGCGAGACCUUUGAGGUUCACGACCCCGCAACCGGCAAGCUGAUCGGAACCUGCCCAGAGCUCAACACCAGCGAUGUCACUAAAGCGAUCGAAGCCGCCUCGGCCGCCUUCCCCGCCUUCCGGAGCACGCAGGGACGCGAGCGCGCCCGCAUGCUGCGCCGGUGGUACCAGCUCAUGAUGGACAACGCAGACGACCUGGCGAAGUUGAUCACAUGGGAGAACGGGAAGCCGUUGGCAGACGCCAAGGGUGAAGUGAACUACGCCGCGUCGUUUUUCGAGUGGUUCAGCGAGGAGGCGCCGCGCCUGUACGGCGACACCAUUCCGGCCACGGUUCCCGGAAACCGGGUUAUUACGAUGAAGCAGCCCGUCGGCGUCUGCGGCCUGAUCACGCCGUGGAAUUUCCCGGCUGCUAUGAUUACGCGCAAGAUUGGUCCGGCCCUCGCUGCGGGGUGUACGGUUGUUGCGAAAUCGCCGGCUGAGACGCCGUUCACGGCUAAUGCGCUUGCGGAGCUGGCACACCGCGCGGGUAUUCCUAAGGGUGUGGUCAAUAUCGUGACUGCGAAUAAGAAUACCCCCUCCGUCGGCGAGUUGAUCACCACGCACCCGGAGGUGCGCAAGGUGUCGUUUACCGGGUCGACGAAUGUCGGCCGGCUGUUGAUGAAGCAGGCGUCGUCGACGAUCAAGAAGGUCUCAUGGGAGUUGGGCGGCAACGCGCCGUUCAUUGUAUUUGAUGACGUCGAGGAUCUCGAAGCCGCCGUCAACGGCGCCAUCACUUCCAAGUUCCGCAGCUCGGGCCAGACCUGCGUGUGCGCGAACCGGAUCUACGUGCAGAAGGGCGUGUACGACGAGUUCGCCAAGCGCUUCGCUGAGAAGGUCAAGGGAUUCAAGCUAGGCGCCGGUUUCGAGGAGGGCAUCACCCACGGCCCUGUGAUCCACGAGCGUGCCGUCAACAAGGUGCACGAGCACGUCCAGGACGCCAUCUCCAAGGGCGCCAAGCUUGCCAUCGGCGGCGAGAAGGCCGCUGCGCUCGGUCCUAACUUCUACAACCCCACCGUGCUGACCGGUAUGAGCAAGGAGAUGCUCAUCGCCUCCGAGGAGACCUUCGGUCCUGUGGCGGGUCUCUUCCCCUUCGAGACGGAGAAGGAGGUUGUGGAUCUGGCCAACAGCGCUGAGGUUGGUCUGGCGGGUUACUUCUUCAGCGGCAACGUCCGCCGCAUCUUCCGUGUUGCAGAGGCCCUGGAGGUUGGCAUGGUUGGUGUCAACACUGGCUUGAUCAGUGAUGUUGCGUCUCCAUUCGGUGGUGUUAAGCAGAGCGGCUUCGGUCGUGAGGGCAGCAAGUACGGUAUUGAUGAGUUUACCACCAUCAAGAGCGUGACUUUCGGUGGAAUGGGCGAGCCUCUGCAGGCUUAG